AUGCAGAUUUUGAGGGUCCAAUUGAGUCACUUGGCCGUCCGUGGAGGAUCACUGGUAGAAAAAGAUGCUGUUCGUGAGGUCUUGAAAUCCGCAGAAGAAUAUCACUGGCAAAUGGAGCGACGUGACAGGGAAGGGGUACUGCAAGGGCUGCAUUACGCUGAAAGUGUUGGCUGUAGCACCUCUGGCACUGAGGAUGUGCUGCUAUUCGACCAGUUGAUGGGUGUGGUUGAAGAGCUCUCUGAGCGUGUAGCGACUAUGGAGAAGAAACAGGCUUGCUCCAUCGACAAAGUCAAAUACCUACGUGGAGAAAAUGGCAGGUUACUGAAAAAAGUUGUUGAGCUGAAUGGCACUGUGAAGAACCUGAAUUCUCAAAUAGACCCUUUACCCCUAAAUGAUUCAGUAAACCAGUUGAUUAAACAGUGUUUGGGUUCAGACGUCAUUUAUCUUGUUGGUGGUCUAGAUGACAUGUUUUGUCCAUCGUCACUAGGUUUCUCAUGCUUUUCGCCCUCCCUGGACGUACUAAUACCUAUGAAACCAAUGCCGGAUGAAAGGCUUUUUAACUCUACUGUUGCCUUAGACAACAGAAUAUUUGUUCUGGGCGGUGCUGAUCAUCCGUAUGGAAGCAGCAUUGAUGCAGGUGGUGAUCAUUUUUAUGUUUACCUUCCCAAAAUCUUUCUGGUUGCCGUUUCUGCCCUAAUAUGUGCUUUUAAUCUUUAUCAUGAAGUUUGCUGUUAUGACACAACCUCUGAUGAUUGGACCCUAUGCCCACCAAUGACCCGUGCAAAGGCAAACCUUGCCGGAGUUAGCUUGUGUGGGAAAAUUUAUGCAUUUGGUGGUGGAGAUGGUUCUGAAUCUUUUCUUGAUGUUGAGGUCUUCGAUCCUGCAUAUGGGAAGUGGAUAAAGAAUCAGCCUAUGCUACCUACACGCUCUGCUCUAGCUGGUGUGAAACUCAAUGGUGCGAUUUAUGCGGUUGGUGGAUAUGCUGGUAUUGAAACUUGGAGCUGCGCUGAGAGACUUGAUCCUAGGGAACCUCACUGGAAAAUGCUCCCAACGAUGAGUACACAAAAAUGCUUCCAUACGCUGGCAGUUCUUGAUGAGAAGAUAUACUCGAUUGGUGGUUACAAUCCUGAGGCUAGAGCAGGGGUGGCCACUGUUGAGCUGUACGACCCAAGGAUGCCAUCAUGGGUGGCAGUCGAACCAAUGAAGUAUUCCAAGAUCUUAGACGUGGUAGAGUGCUACAGUGAAGGGCGUGGUUGGGUGAAUACAGCGCUCAAAUCAAUCGGCAGGAGGAGCCAUUGUUCUGCCAUUGUCUACUGA